AAACAAUCGAGUCUUUCGAAUUUCAUCGAAUUUACAUCAAAAUGGAUAGACGACGUAUUCAAUUGGCGAUCUUUUUGACACUCAUCUUCAGUUGCGAAGGCAAGAAUUUAAGUAUCGAACCAUCUACAUUGAUCAUUAAUAAUUCUGAAAAUUCCAAUGACAAUAAUAAUGUCGCAAAUAUUAAUGACAAUGUGAAUGGUAAUUUAGUGCCUCUUCCUUUAAUAAUUAAUAACUCUGGUAAUGAUACCAGCAACAAUGGAGUGUCAAACAGUAAUGAUAAAGUCGAUGGGAAGAUCGUAAAUGGAAACAAUAACGGAAACAAGAAUAAUUCUGGUAACCUUAACAAUGAUAAUCCGGCUGUGCCGCCUCCUAUAAUUAAUAAUUCGAAUAACAACAAUAACAACAAAGAUGUAUCCAACGGAGACGAAGAUGUCAAUGGACACGUGGUGAAUGAAAAUGACAAUGGCAAUAAUAUUAAUUCUGAUAAUGUAAAUUCCGAUAAUUCGGAACCAAUAGUCGAAAAUCCGAGGUCGAUACAUAGCAUAGAACCGUUGAUAAGUAUCAUUAUUGAGUGGAUAAUACGCGUAAACAUCGGUAACAAUUCUUGAAAUGAUUUACUAUAACAUAUAAAAAUUAUAAAUUAGUAUUUAUAUCCUUUAAUCUGCUUUUAUUUUU